AGACACCUCUAAACUCUUUCUCUUUCCAGCUCCCCUUUCUUUCUCUAUCUCCGUCUAUUUUCCCAUCCAGAAGCCGCCAAGGGGAACAUUAUUUGGCGCCUUCGCCCCUCUCUGAAACCCUAAUUAAACUUUCCCUUUGCCACAAGGAAAAAGGGGAUCUUUAAUUGGGUUGUUGGGUUAGCUGUAACUAGUGCAAUCGUCAAUUCAGAUCAAAUGGCAUUGCAAGAAAAGUUGGACAGGUUCAAGAGGCAGCAAGAGAAGUGCCAAUCAACCCUCACCAGUAUUGCAGCAUCUUCUAAACCUAAAGCGGCUCCGGCUCAGGCUCAGGCUCAAAGAUUUACGCAUGCUGAUCUUCCAGCAAGUGUCAAACCUCCUGCUCCCGCUGUCAAAUUUUCUAGCGAUACAGAUAGACUUCAACACAUCAACAGCAUUCGAAAAGCCCCAGCUGGAGCUCAAAUUAAGCGUGUUAUAGACUUGCUAUAUGAGACAAGGCUAGCCCUAACACCAGAGCAAAUAAAUGAAGCAUGCUAUGUGGAUAUUAAUGCAAAUAAAACUGUCUUUGACAGCUUGAGGAAGAAUCUUAAAGUGAGCCAUGAUGGAAGGCGCUUUUGUUACAAGUCUAAGCAUGACUUAAAAGACAAAAGCCAACUUCUUUAUUUAGUACGGAAAUUUCCAGAGGGCAUUGCUGUUAUUGAUCUCAAGGAUUCAUACCCAACUGUGAUGGAGGACUUGCAGAGUCUGAAAUCUGCUGGUCAGAUCUGGCUGCUAUCAAACUUGGAUUCUCAGGAGGACAUUGCAUACCCAAAUGACCCCAGGGUUCCCAUUAAAGUGGACGAUGACCUUAAACUGCUGUUUCGAGGAAUCGAAUUACCUCGCGAUAUGCUUGAUAUUGAGAAGGAUCUCCAGAAGAAUGGUAUGAAGCCUGCAACCAACACUACAGAGAGAAGGGCACAGGCACAGGUCCAAGGCGUUACACCCAAGACCAAGACUAAGAAGAAGAAGCAUGAAAUCAGCAAGAGGACUAAGCUAACCAAUGCCCAUCUUCCGGAGCUUUUCCAGAACCUUAAAUAAUGAUUUUUUUUCUUAACUAGGUCCAGCCCUCAUUGGACGAGCAAAGUUGUCUUUUGGAAGAUAUACAACAUAAUCUUGCUCUGGUUAAUGGAUUGUGUAGAUAGGAAUGAUAUACAACAAAAGCAAAUUGGUCAUUACUGAGGACUGAAUAUGUUAGUCAUUAUUACUAUUUUGAUUAUACUGGUGAUCCACACGAGUACAAGUAUUAUCCUGUUGUACAUCUUUGAAGAUAAAACAUAUGGCCUUUAAAUUUGAAGCCAAGAAUCAUGGUAUUGAUUCAUCAUGAAA